AUGUCGCUGCUCGCACCCUUCGGAUUUGGACAGAAACAUGCCUACUUCCAUGUCCAACUCACCAUACACGAAGUCAGCAACGUCCCACUCGUCACUGGUCUCUUUGCGUGCAAGUGGAAGAUCAAAGGCUCCCAUUCGCUAGCCAGUCUACAACACUCUGCAGCCGCUGCCGCACACCAACAGGCCUCGCGCGUCGUCUCCACUGCAGCUCGCAAAGGCAAGGAUGUCGUCUCCUCCAAGGAAGCCGCUAAGGACAUCCAAGCAACAGACCAUGACUCGGGCGCUUCCAACAGCUUAGCCAUUGGUCCUCCACAUGAAUACGCUCAAAGACAACCCAUCGACCCCAACAGCACCGACGCAGCUUCGUUCAUCAGUGUAUCUAGCAGAAGUACAUCUCACCAUAAUCUUCACAAGCCCGCCUUCAUCAGCAACCUGCUUCGUCACAAGGAUAAGGACCAUGGCAAGAUGAAGGAUGACGAUUCACAAUCACAGUCUAGCGUGCCUGUUCUGUCAUCAGAUCCUACCGGUCUCAACAGCGACCGUGCAUCUCUCGCUCCAGAGGAGGACACCGAUGCCGCCUCGUCAUCCAGUCCAACCUCGCGCAGGGACAGCACCACCAGUCGCAAAACAUCUGCUUCUCGCCCAAAGUCAAUAAAGGAUGUCGCGCGGCAGAAGGCUACCGAGACACAUGACAACAACAUAGACCCUUUCCUCUUUUUCACACAGGAACCCAAAGGCGAGACCGACUUUACAAAAGUUCAUGAGCACCGGGUCGAGUGGGGACGUGACAUUCAGAUCGGAAUGCGCGUCGGUAUCGGCAAGCCAAAAACUUCAGGACACAACGACACUUCCCACAGUAACAGUCGUAACGACAGUCCCGCCUUGUCAUCCAAAUCCAGUGCCAAGGAUCUUCGAGCGCGCUCUCACCGUGAGCAGCAUCUUGAAGAUAUCACUACAGCGUGGGGUCGUCUGAUGAACUCGGAGCUCAAGCUCACCAUCAAGCAAGAGAUGCCCGCCAACACAAAGUCGACCACACACCCUUCCGUGCUUGGUCACGUCUUGAUCGAUCUCUCCGAGUUUGCUCCCGAACCGCCAAGCUCAAGCUCCGGCAGCCGCCAUCAUCACCAUCACCACCACCACCACCAUCAUCAUCAUCGUCACCAUCACCAUGGUCCAGGGGGCGAGCACUCGUAUCGCGAACGCACUCAGCGAACAGAGACUAGGAAGUUCUUGCUGAACGACAGCAAGACCAAUGCUACCGUCAAACUCACCAUCCAAAUGACCUUCCUUGGUGGCGCGCGAGAAUACUAUGUUCCACCGAUUACAAACGGUCUCAUGGUCAAUGGUCUCGGCUCCAUCAUGGCGUCUAAUUUGCUCGAAGCUGUUUCGCGGGACAGCGCUUCAGGUACGGCUGGGAACGGCUCUGGCUCCUUGGAUAGUGGAGGCACCUCUGACGAGAGCAGUCUACGUAACGAGCCCGUUCGCGCUACUGCUCACAUCCGCAAUCGAGAGCUCAUAGGUCAAGGUCUGCCCAGUGCUAGCAGUCUAUCGUUGGGACACAUGUCUUUCUAUUCACAGCACAACAUGUAUGGACCACCACUCAAGUCCAUCUACACCAAGCAGAAGUGGAAUAACAAAGUCCCGACUGAGAAUCUUGUCGCUGGCACUCCUGGCUCGGAAGGUGCCAAGAAGAAGCCGCUUCGCACCUCAGAUACUUCCUUUUUCUCAAGUCGCAACCCGGCGGAUCAAAGACCUGAUGAUCUCAUGGAAGCUCUCUUCAAAGGCAUCGCUGUGGGCGGCCGUCAGAAUGGCCAGGUCCAGGAUAAUACUGUAGCUUCAAAGCCGGCCGCAGCUCCUGCGCAGAACUCCGAACAUCUGGUAACUGCGGUCGACUCACAGUCGUUACAACUUGAGCACAAGGCAAGCCACUCGCCUGAAAGGACGCGAGAACGUCCACGCACCGUGAGCACUACGUCCAACGUCUCGAAGAAGUCGGAUCGUUCCUUCUCUUUCGCCUUUCACAAAUCUAAGGACAAGGAUAAGGACAAGUUCGCAGACAAGGACAAUGAACUCCGCAAGCAGCGUCUGGCACAGGGCAAGGAGAAGGCAAAAGGGAAGAAAAGCAGCUUCAUGGCUCGCAGCAAGAGCGCGUCCAGCCUCGAUGUGGUCAGUCUGCCUGGCGACAAGGCCAGGAGUACUCAUCUCAGCGUUCCCGCUUCGGAUGGCGGCAGACUGACGCCCGGGCUUCUAGUAGAGUCACCUUCUGCAUCGACAGAGGCUCAUUCUCGUCCAAGCAACGAAACCACAUCCACUGGCGCUUCGCCCACUGCCACACGUGCGUCAACCAAGCGUCUUUCGUCUGUCAGAUGGAACCUCGGUGAUGAAGUUUCGUCAGCAGUCCCAACGCCACCGACACCGUCACAGGAGAUUACGCCAGUUGGUGAGACGAUGGACAAGGAAGCACUCGAUCGCGCAGCAAUGCCGCCACCACCCUCUGUUGUCGUAGACCACGCCUAUAUCCCAAUCCGUGCAGGCGGCAUCACUGCUGCUUCUUCAUCUGCUCUCAACUUGACCGGUUCACAGACAUCCCUGCCCGAUGCGACUGCAGCAGCCGCAAUUGGCGACGAUAGCGCCCCCGAAGACGGCAGCAACCCUCUUCUCACUCCUCGCGCAGAGCCCCUAUCCUUGCAGCCUCCCGUUUCAGCGUCAACAGGUUCCAAAAGGGACGCCGAUGCGGCAAGCAUCCGCACUUUCUCUUCGGUCACGAGUGCGCCAGGCGACGAGAAGAGAAAGAUUUCCUCGAAUGACCUGAAAAGUCUCUACCAAGCUGGCUUGUCGAUUCCUCAGAGCUUAUCAACCAACACAUCCGUCGGCCUUGAUCGUCUGAAGAAGACCAGCCGCGCCAUCGGUCAAUUCGCCAAGGAUGCCAAAGAAGCCGCAAAGGCGAGCCGUCCAUUCUCGCGACCCAAUUCGAGCGCCGAUGUAGCCAUGUCUUUCCGCGACAGUCAAGGUGUCUCUGGCCGGGAACGUCGCUCGAAGGGCAAUCGCGGGAUUGAGCCAUCCGAGGCUGCUUCCAAGGGUUGGUCUGGUGCAGGAUGGCUUCGACCCAUCUCAACGGCACCUGCGCCGCUGCCGCCAUCUUCUCCCGACCUGUCAUCGUCCGAACAGGAUGAUUUCGAAGAGGUAGAUGGUCUCGACUCGAGCGGUGUAGAUCGAUUCGGAUCGCUUGCUUCGCGGAAUUCGGACGGUCGACGCUCGUCCGCCACUGAUCAGACCGCUUUUUCGGAUCUGCUGAACACGCCAAACACGGCUGCGACGAAGAGUUUCCGUUCCGACCGUCCCCAACACAAUCGCAGUGACUCGUUUGCGUCGGUGUAUCAUGAUGUUCAGGAUGAUGACAAUGUCUGGCUUGAGAAAGCUGUCAGGUUCGAUGCAAAGGCUGUCAACACUACCACCAUUCCGAUGCAAGGCCAGGCCUUCCGAUUUCACUAA